AAACCUGUAACAUAGGAACGGUGAACUGUCACGUCUUGUUCCAACUGAGUAAAAUUACCAAACGAACCGUCACUCACGUUGAGGGUCAAAUGUUUUGAGUAUGUGCUAGUAACGUUGGUGUUAAAGAAAUGUCAAGUUUCUCCCGAUCAGCCCAGCAAUGGGCGACCUUCGCUCGUUCGUGGUUCCUAAUCGAUGCCAGGAUGCAGCCUCCUGGGAAGAUUGCGACCAUGUGUGCUAUUAGAUUACAGGGGAAACACAAGCCUAUCUACCAUGCAAUGAGUGACUGUGGUGACCAUGUAGUAGUAAUAAACACCAAACACAUAGCUUUCUCUGGAAACAAGUGGGAGCAGAAAGUGUACUCAUCACACACGGGGUAUCCAGGUGGAUUCAAACAGGUCACAGCAGCCCAGCUGCACCACAAAGACCCCAAAGCUAUUGUGAAGUUAGCGGUUUACGGCAUGCUGCCGAGGAAUCUGCAGCGACGCACCAUGAUGCAGCGAUUACACAUCUUUUCUGAUGACGAGCUGCCAGGUGACAUCCGAGCAAACCUGACGGAGGAGCUGCCUCAGCCCAGAGAAAUCCCCAGGAAACUCAGCGAGUACACGCAGGAGGAGAUAGACGCCUUCCCCAGGCUGUGGACACCACCUGAAGACUACAAGAUGAAAUAAAAUCAAGGCUGCCCGACAUGACCAAACCUGAAAACACAGAAACUAGCAACAGAUUCCUUGAUUAUAUUACCUGACCAAGUAUUAUAAAACUCAGAGGCCUUUUAAUAGGAUCUGUUUCAAGAUGUUAUCUGUUUUAAAACAAAACCAAUUUUCCCUGUUCAGAUGAAACAAUGCAAUAAACAACUUCAGAUUUUGUUUGACUGAAGUCAUAAUCUGGAUGCCAACAUCAUCAACAUAAUACCAUAUAUUAAAAAUAUGUCUGUCAGUGGUAUUAACAUUGACAGCAGACCUGAAUUAUCCAGCAACAGCUUGAGAUUUUACCAUGUGACUCAUCUCUAAUCAGAGGAAAUCAGAUUCUGUCAGCUGAUCAGCCCAUUAAAUGAUGUGCGUUUGUUACAAGUUAUCCUGUCUUCACAGCAAAACCAGUUAAUGUGAUACUAUGAUGUUGUUUCAGUAGAAAAUAUUAACUUUGGUCAGAAAAUCUGGAGCAUUUUGUCUAGUCAGUGUGUUAGAAAUUUCUGGAGUUAAAGUGUAAAUCAGUUCCAUUCAGUUGUAAAAUAGGCUAAUAAACAAUUUAAUAAACCUG